AUGUUCGACACAGUCUGCACCCUUCCGCUAAGCGCAGACCUCUUCGCGCAAGCAAUUCACCCCUCCGAACCUAUCAUCUCAGUCGGCCUAUCAACAGGGCAUGUCCAGACGUUCCGACUCCCCACUGAAGAAGAGGAGGAGCAUAGUGAUGACGAGCAGGCGUCGGUCUCUAGCUCGCGCAAUGGCAAGGGUCAUAUUGAUACAAUGUGGCGGACAAGGCGGCAUAAGGGGAGUUGUCGCACGUUGACGUUUGGGAUCGAUGGAGAGAUGCUGUAUUCUGCGGGUACGGAUGGGCUGGUUAAAGCUGCGAAGGCCGAGACGGGGGUUGUUGAAAACAAGAUCUUGAUCCCGACGGCGAAAGAUGGGUCGGUCGAUGCGCCUACCGUUGUUCAUGCACUCUCCCCGCAGACGUUACUACUCGCUACAGACUCGAGCAAACUGCACUUAUAUGACCUGCGUGUCCCUUACUCGAAGGUCGCGGCUCCGCCCCAGCAGACGCAUCGCCCUCACGAUGACUACGUUUCGUCCCUGACACCGCUCCCGGCGUCAGAUACCAGUACUUCCGGGUUCAGCAAGCAGUGGGUGACGACCGGAGGGACAACGCUGGCAGUUACGGAUCUGCGCCGUGGCGUGCUCAUGCGCAGCGAAGACCAGGAGGAAGAGCUCGUCAGUUCGACGUACAUCGGCGGCCUAUCAGCCAGCGGGACAAGCCGUGGGGAAAAAGUUGUCGUUGGCGGUUCCAGCGGCGUCCUGACGCUCUGGGAAAGAGGCGCUUGGGAUGACCAGGACGAGCGGAUCUACGUUGAGCGAGGCGCGGGCGGCGGGGAGUCCCUCGAGACACUUACCGUCGUCCCUGAAGAACUGGGCAAGGGCAAGAUGAUCGCCGCGGGUCUCGGCAGCGGAAAGGUAAAGUUCGUCAGGAUGGGCCUGAACAAGGUUGUCUCGGAGCUCACGCACGAUGAGACGGAGGGCGUGAUUGGGCUUGGCUUCGACGUUGAGGGCCAUAUGGUCAGUGGCGGUGGGCAGAUAGUCAAAGUCUGGCAUGAGGCAGCAGAUUCGAUAGGGGGUGAGAAGCGUGGCUUUGGGGGAGACAGCGAUGACAGUGACGACGAUUCCGACGAUAGCGAUCAUGAGCCAAAGCAGGGCGAUGACUCGCGGCGGAAACGCAAGAAGCAGAAGGGCAAAGAUCGUGGCAAGGGCCCCGAGAUCAUGGCGUUUGCUGAUUUGGAUUAG